UUAUUUUUAUUUAAACUGAAAAGUAAAACACAGACAAAUGCAAACAAAAUGAAACUUUUACACCUUAAUUGAUAGUCCUUCCAAUUCACAAUUGUGACAUUGUUAUAAAAAAUAAAAGCGAAAUAAGAUCCACGUGUGUGCACAAUCUACCCAAGAAAAAUAAAAUCCAUGUAGGCAUCUUAAAUAGGCUAAUAGCCAUGCAUGACAAUGAACAUAUAUGCAUCUGCAGUAUUGUGCCACUCGAGAAAACGAGUCCUAAAUUGAUCAUGAGAUGGGUCAUGUGUGAUAGUUCAUUUUCAUAGUAAUAUUUUUAACAAGACAAAACAAAAAAGUACUAAAAUAAUUCUGGUACAACUAGCAUUUAUGGGCUAAAAGUGAGGUCAUGGGCGGUCUAUAAAUAGCAGGGUCAAAGAUCCACACCUACUGCGCCGAAUCACUGGACAUGCAAAUCGUUUUGGAUACAAGGGGGUGCCUAUAUUUAUGCACCAUUUUAAAAUGUUUAUUUACUACAGACAUAAAACAAUUUGUAGUGUAUUUCAGAUUAUGCACUGCUUCAUUGAUCACAUUCCAUAUUGUUCCUUACAUUGUGAGUAAGUUAUCAGCAUGACAGCGAUGCGCCCAAGUCACCAGAUGUUUCUCCAGACUUUUAUGUCUCGUGGAAUUCUUGAUGCCAAGGAAGUAAAACUAAUGUACAAACAGUGCUGUGAGCAAUUCCAAGAACACUACAGUGACAAUGAAGAAGAAAGACGCCGCGUGUUGGCCGAGUUUGUGAGAACGAUUAAUUCUAAUCUUCAUCCACUACACAUGGAGAUUAAGAAAGGCGUUAAUGAAGAUGACGGCUCCAAUUAUUAUGGUUUGGUGAGCAUCAGUGAAUCACAGAUCACAAAGUUGGCAUCAGAUUACACACCUAACGAACUAGAAUUUUUCAAAAAAAUUGUGGGGUUAAUUGUGGAAGCUGACGAAGGAUCAAUCAGUUCUAUCGAAGCUCUCAAUCAGACAGAGAAACUAGAGAAGAAAAUCAGUAAGAAUGAUGCUCAGGAUCUUUUGGAGAAACUUCAGCUUGAGAAGUGGCUUUCUCUUACUCGAGGUCGUGUUUCCCUGGCAACUAGAGCUAUAUUAGAAUUAGAACAGUAUAUCAAAGAUGUCUAUCCAGAUACUGCAAAAAUGUGCAACUUGUGCAAGAAACUUUGUCUAAAGGGUCAAGGUUGUGAGGAAUGUGGUACCAAGUUUCACUUACACUGUGCUUCACGGUUCUUCAGGCAGGACGAGGCACACUGUCCAGGAGAGGGCUGCGGGGUAGCAUGGGUCCACGAAAUACCAAGGAGAGAUACGGAUGCCACUCAAGCAGCUCCACCGGAACGGUCUUCUCAGAGAAGAAGAAAAGAACGACAUUAAAACAUUCUGCCUGUUACAAAUCUAAUUGGAUGGAUUUCUUUGUUUCCAUGUGUCUAUUUAUGUUGAACUUGUUACAGUCAUUGACUGACAAAGCGGUUUUAUCCAUGUUGUUCAUUGUGAAAAUACAUUGCACAGUUGCAUGUACGUUAUAUCAUGUACAGAUUUAUUGGUUUUGAUAUUGUUUAGCAGCUGCAACAGGUGUCCUCUGUUUAUACUAUGGAACAUUCUGUUGUAUGUUUUUCCUUUCUGGGAAACUUCUGUCUCAAAUUUAAAUGAAUAAAUGCACAACUUUAGGCAUAUUUAAUUUAUCAGUGGAAAUAAAUAAGAUUACUGCAUGUACAGGAGUGCCAUAUGAAAACUAUGGAACAGGUUUGGGAAUUGUGUUAUUCCGUAAGCGACAGCAAGAGGUAUAAAACAAUUCCUAAACGAGUUCCAUAAGUUUCAUAUGGCACUUGUACAUGUGUAAUAAUUUAUUUAUUAUCCAUAAACUAAUUUAUAAGCCGCAUUAAAUAUGACUGUAUUCACUGCACAAUCAAUGUUCAUAAGGUUGAACUAGGUCAGUCAUAAAGUACUAUCCUAAUGGUACAUUCAUAGUGAAAUGGUUUCUAGUUGUUAUUUAUAAGAAUUAAACAACAUAAAUCCAG